AUGAAUAUUUGCUCACGAUGUUCAAAUUUAUUAACUUCAAAUGUUGAGACAACUACUGAUGAUUUAUUAUAUAAUGUAAAAUUGGAUAAGGAUACUAUGGCUUAUUAUGAUUCAGAACAGGUUUUUUUGUACCCAAAACCAAUUGAAUCAAUCAUUGAAGAAGCAUAUAAAAAUGAAUUUAAAGCAAACGAUUCAUAUUCUUCAUCUUUAUUGCCUUUAAUAAAUUCAAAUAUACCUGUAAUGCCAACAGGAAAUCAAGAAGUUGAAGAAAUAAAAUCAGCUAAAAUUAUUGCAGAAAAUAUACGAAAAUUUGUUUCAUUAGAAAUACUUUAUUUUAGUAAUAAUGAUUUAAAAGACGAAGGUUUGUAUUAUAUUCUUGAAGCCAUAGCCGAUCGAUCUCUUCUAAAAUUCUUCAUUAUUGACAACAAUAUAACCGAUGUGAGUGCAAUGCGUAUAGCAAAAUUAUUAACCGAAAGUCCUCAAGUAAUGAGUCUGAUCAAUUUAGAUAAAAAUCUAAUGGCUGCAAAAGGUGUAAAAUCGAUUAUUCAAGUAUUACCACGAGAUAAAAAAUUAGGUUUAAAAACAUGGAGUGUCUGUGGAAAUACGUUAAUCAAUGAUGAAUGUAUUGAUGAUAUCAUCAAUAUACUGGAGGAAAAUCGUUCAAUAAAAUGCUUGUAUUUAGACAAAUGUAAUUUAUCAAAAGAUGUGUUUCACUGA